AGCUCUCAAGUAAAACUUGUGUCCGUUUGGAGAAGCAAGUGCGCAGCGCUCAUUGUAUGCAGCAGAAACAGAGGGCAGAACGUGUAGUCUCUAGCUAAAAUGUAUCUUAAACGUUUAUGCGUAAAAGCGCAUGUAAGUCGUUGGACAUGUUAUCGGUGGAGUAUUUGACAUGGCAAAGUGAAUGGGCGCAUUUGGAGAAGUCCAGGGCGCGCGUAAAGGAACCCUUCUGAUCGUAUUAUCAACUUGCGCGUGAGGAACAAAUAAGUGAGGAUGAACGAGACGUUCAGUAAGGUUAUGGGACAGAAAAGUGGGGACCCCACUAUUCCGAUUAUAAUGUUUAUAUUCGGUGUGGUCGGCAACGUGAUCGCUAUUGUAGUGCUUCAGAGGUCGCGGAAAGAGCAAAAGGAGACCACCUUUUACACCCUGGUGUGUGGACUUGCUGUGACUGAUCUCUUGGGCACUCUGCUGGCGAGCCCUGUCACCAUUGCCACCUACGUAAAGGGCAAGUGGCCCGGCGGGGAACCCCUGUGCCAGUAUUCCGGAUUUAUCUUACUCUUCUUCUCCUUGGCGGGACUUAGUUUUAUUUGUGCCAUGUCCAUCGAGAGAUACCUCGCCAUAAAUCACGCUUAUUUCUACAGUCGUUACGUGGACCAACGGGUGGCGGGUUUUACACUCUUGGGAAUCUACGUGUCCAAUGGGUUUUUCUGCGCUUUUCCCAGCAUGGGAUUUGGAAGCGUGGUGAAGCAGUAUCCAGGAACGUGGUGUUUCAUCGACUGGCGUAGCAACAACCGCACGGAUGCCACUUUCUCCUACAUGUAUGCCGGCUUCAGCUCCUUUCUUAUUCUCGCCACCGUUAUCUGUAACGUUUUGGUGUGCGCGGCUCUUAUCAUGAUGCACAAGCGCUUCAUGCGCAGGACCUCGCUCGGCACGGACCCGCGGCGCAUCGCCGAGAUCAGGCGAAGGCGCAGCUUUGCGCGUCUGGCUGGCGCAGAGAUCCAGAUGGUCAUUGUUCUGAUAGCCACGUCCAUUGUCAUACUAAUUUGCUCCAUUCCAUUAGUGGUGCAAGUGUUUGUAAACCAGCUGUACCAUUCACCGGUAGAGGAAGUAAUAGAGAAGAACCCAGACCUAAAGGCUAUUCGAAUAGCUUCUAUAAAUCCAAUUCUUGACCCCUGGAUCUAUAUCCUGCUGAGGAAGACGGUCGUACAGAAACUCCUAGAAAAAAUCAAGUACCUCUUCUGCCGUAUCGGUGGGCGAGGUCAUGGGCAAAGCCACGGGGACUACCACUGUAGUAACGGUGCCCGAAAUUCAUCCAUUGCAUCUAGGGAUUUACCAUCUAUGGCACUGCAUGAACUGCCAGAGGUGAUCAGCACUUCGCAUACGUACCUGUAUUUUCUGAAGGGGGGACAGGGGAUGAGCUGUGGCAGUCAUUCUGUGCAGAGGGGGAUUAGUUCGACUCCCACCGAGCAAACGCUUCUGCGUGACUCUCAGGGGUCAGACUUCAGUAGCAGACACAGCUCGAGCAGGACAGAAGGGAGGGUGCAGAGCAUGGACUCUGUGAAAACACACUUACUCACACACUCCGACAGAAAUGAACAGGAACCGCUGCAAGUCACCUUUACAGAUGAGACCCUGAUGUUAGGAGAAAGAUGCAUCUGAAUGUGGAGAUAGCCAUAAACUUAAUUUUAUGGAGAGCAUUGUACUAAGAACUUAUCAGUAUACAGAUAUUUCAAAGAAAUGCACCAACCAAAGCACUAAAAAACAUGCAGUUUAUAUGACAAACUGUGAAAGCGUGAGAAAAUAUAUUAGAGUUCGAGGAAAUGUUUACUAAAGUAUGAAAAUAAAUGUUGCUCAAUAUUUAAGAAAAGUGUGAAAACAGUUUGAAAGCGUUCAAGACUUGCAUUUGGAAAGAGAUAAAGAAUUGAGCAACAGGAUAUGCUGACUACACAUAUUUUUAAGAUGACAAAUGUGUCUAUAAAAAAUUGGUAAAUUGCGGUUUGAAUGUCUACAGUAAAUGCUAUUAGUUUUAGAUGUGAAAAUCAAGAGAAGACCCAAGGGAAGGGCAUUUCUGUGUUCACAAAUUCAGACCUCAUGUGAUUUUGAUGAAUGACCUUGUGAGUUGAUCUUGUGAGCAUAUGUGUUACCAUGCUUUACGUUCCCUUUUGCAGACGUCCUGGUGAGAUCUUGCUAAGGUCACAAGUUCGGACAAAAAAUGCGUGCCUUGUUAGCUUUCUCAUGCUGAAAUUCCUGCUGCUUUAGAUGUUGAAAUAUUUCCAUUUCCUUAUAUUAAGGUGGCAAAACCACACUUAUCACGUCUAUCGAUGCAUAAAAAAAUUGUCAAACACCAUUUCAAACCAGUACGUAUGUAAAAAUAAACCAUAGCUACAGUAGCAUUCUUUGGAUUUUCCAAACAAUUUCAUAUUAUUGUUUAUUGUCAAUAUUUUGAUGCAGAAACACACAAUGUAAGAGCAAAUAACAAUGCAUAGCAGAUCUACAAACGUUUUUUUUUUUUUUUUUAAGUCAAUAGGAUGUAUACCGAGUAGGUAAAAUGAUUAAGCUAUUAAGUCGCAGAAUGUUGUUUAUGCGGGCAUACGUGUUGCACUUUUAAAUCCCUGUAACCACUGAAAAAUUCACUUUGGUCAAAAUGUAUUUGUAAGAUAUUGAUAAGUUAGUGGUCAGCAAGGAAGAUUGGUGGAGUUAAUCUGUAAAUAUUGUGAUACUGAAAUGUGAACCUGUGUAAUAAUUUAAUUUAUUGCAGUAUGUCCCGACAAUCUGUAAAUUGCAGUUAUUUCUUCUCUGUGAGAAGGUCAAAUGUGAGUUUUAUUGUCAUAGCAAUUAUUUGAUUUUCAGAGGCGGACACUACUUGAGUAUUUUAGUUACAUUUUCCAAGCAUUUGUGCUUUAUUAGAGUGUUUGUCUUGAGGGAAAAAAAUGGCUUUACUAAAAAAAUUCACUAAAUUCUAAAACAGUGGUUCUCAAACUGGGGGGCCCUGGUUUAAUAACAUUUUAUAAAAUGUAUCAUAAAUUCAGUGUAUUAAAUGUCAGAAAAAUAAGGCUACUAACCAAUAGCACUACAUUGAAUACUUAAAUAUGUUUUGAUUAAUUCAAAUUGCAAGUUUUGGAAUGUUUUAUUUCAAAAAUUUUCUUUGGGGGGGGCUUGAAGGGAUGCACCGUAUACAAGGGGGUCCACACGCCAAAAAAGUUUGAGAACCACUGUUCUAAAGCAUAGAAUCAUACUGUGUAUUCCUUUUAUAUUGCAUAUUAAAAUUGAUCAAAAUUGUGUACUUUUACUUUUUUUAAGUAAAAGUAUGAAAGUACUUUUUACUUAAGUAAAAGUAAAAAAAACUAGAUGUUUAAUGUACUUAAAUAUUAAAUAUAAACCAAAAACUUGAAAUUAUGAAAUGUAGUGGAGUAAACAUUAUGAUAAAUUUCCAAAGAAAAACACUGAUAAAAUACAAAUACUUGAAAAUUUACUUUUAUGUAGAAAGUAAAAAUACUUAGUGUCCGCCUCUGAUGAUUUUAUUUCAUUUCAUUUUGCUUCUCUCAUGUAAAGCACCUCUAUCCGUUGCAUGUAUGUAAAUAAUUCAAUGUUAUGAUGUACAUUUCUCUACAUUUUUUUCAAACACAAAGUAAUACAUGAAUUCUUUAGAUCUUGUUGUGCUUUUAUCCUUGAUGUGAAUGGACUCUUCAAAAUGUGCAAUGGUCAGUUAUCAAAUACUACAAUAAAGUCUGUGCCACUGAUUUGAAGUGUAACAGAUAAAUGAAA